GUUGGUACUGCUGAUGCACUUGCCUUCUUUCUACCGGGCGUUGUAAGCCGUUUUGCAAAGGCCUUAUAUGUAUCAAAAAAUAUGAUUAGUGGUGCUGCUGGAAGCUCUGUGGCCAUCGAGCAGGCUAUUUGUGGUUUGACUGAGUUCUUGAUUAUUGUUUUAGACGAUAAGGCAAAUCUGCACUCCCUUGACAUGCCUGUAAAUGAUAUUGGAUCACUUGCACCCAUGGAAAAUAACUCUACCCAAUCUGUUCUAGAGGCUCUUCGUAGUUUACCUUUAAAUGGUCAUGUUCAGUCAGCAAAUAUGAUUGGAGAUUCGUUUAAUCAAGCUAUCAACGAUGAUCAUAAACGAAAGAUAGUUGAUCAUAGCAAUGGCGAAAGAACUUUAUUCGUACAUCGUUCCAAGGAGUGGAUUGAUGAAACUUCUUCUAAUGUUGAUAAAUUAAUGUCUGCUGCAUUUCCACAUCUUUGUAUUCAUCCUGCAGAAAAGGUCAGAAAAGCACUUGUAGAUGGCAUACAGGGGCUUCUGUUGAAUUGCAGAUGCACCUUGAAAAGAAGCAAAUUAAUGCUUUUGGAGUGUUUGUGCGUGCUGGUUUGUGACGAUGCAGAUGUUGUGUCCAUGGUAGCACAGGAAUCCCUCGAAUCUUUAUUUGUUUUGGGUGAGAAAUUUAUAACCAAAAAUGAAAUUGCUGAUAUAUUUACCAGCCUCAUCAAAGCGCUUCCACGUGUGGUUCUUGGAAGUGAUAAGACAAUUGCUUUGUCACAUGCUCAGAAACUACUUUCUCUAGUCUAUUAUGCAGGUCCAGACCUUUUAGUAAAUUACCUUCAGUCUCCUGUCAAUGCAUCAUGUUUUUUGGAGUGUUUUGGAUUAUGCUUCAGUCAUAAUUCACGGUUUGCUGGUUCCAUGAAUAACCUAAUUUUGUCAAAACCGCUUUCAACUGGAUACUUGCUUUCCAUUGCUGAGCUGAAAACUGGCAAUAUCUUGAGUUCUCCAAGAAAUCUUACCAAGGAUGCCACUUUUCCUGUUGUUUCCAAAAUUUCUAUUUUGCAAGAUGAGGAUUUGCAAAGUCCUUCAGAAUAUGUAAGUAGUGUUUUGGAGUUUCCUCACAUGCCUCCUUGGUUUGGUAUUGCUGGCAGUCAGAAACUAUACCUAACUCUUGCUGGAGUACUUAGACUUGUCGGGCUGUCCAUAAUAUCAGGACAAAAGAGCAAUAUGUUUUUAUCAGUUCUUGUUGAUAAUUUGCUAGAUCAGUUUCGCCAGUUGAUAUCAGAGCUUCGUAUGAAAGAAUAUGGCAAAGAACGGUGGAAAACUUGGUAUUUUCAUCAUGGUUCUGGCCAGUUAUUGCGCAAGACAAGUUCUGCAGUUUGCGUGUUAAAUGAGAUAAUAUACGGAUUAUCAGAACAGUCAGUUAAUACAUAUUCAACAUUCUUUAAAAAGUCUAGGGAAGAAACCUUGCAAGAAAAGAAACUUGCAUAUGAUGAUGACAAGUCUACAACUUUCAAAUGCCAAGGAUCAGCUUGGAAUACGAGAGAGGGAAAGGAUAAUAGGGAUGCUACAAUUCUUUCCAUUGGCAGCAUUUUGCAUGAAUAUUUGUCACCUGAAGUGUGGGACAUUCCAUUGGAUCAGAAUGCACCUCUGCUGGAACAUGAAAUAGAAUUAGAUCUUCCAUUACAUUUCUUCCUAGACACCAUAAUGCUGCAACAGGUGAUCUUAGAUGGAAUAGGCAUUUUCAGCAUAGUUCUUGGAAAAGAUUUUAUAAGCAGUGGAUUUUUGCACUCUUCUCUUUAUUUAUUACUAAGGAACUUGAUUUGCUCUAACAGUGAGAUAAGAAUCGCAUCAGAUGCUGUCCUACGUGUUCUUUCUGUUUUGUCCGGCCAUGCCACCGUAGGGCACUUGGUUGUGGCAAAUGCAGACUAUAUUAUUGACACUUUAUGUUACCAGUUGCGGCAUUUGGAUAUCAAUCCCCAUGUUCCUGAUGUACUUGCUGCUAUACUGUCCUAUGUCGGUACUGCUCGAGAUAUUCUGCCAUUGUUGGAGGAGCCG